AGGCGGGGAGGGAGAAGGGGGAGAGCACGGCGGCCGGUCCGGUGGCCCGGUGGCCAUCAUGGCCCGCCUCCCGGAGGAUUACGACUCGUACUUGGUGGAGGAGCCCAGCGACGAGGAGUCAAUCCCCACCAGUUCUGAAGAUGAACUGGAUGUGCUAUUGCAUGGGACUCCUCACCAAAAGCGCAAAUUGAUCAGAGAAUGUCUUACUGGGGAAAGCGAAUCGUCGAGUGAAGAUGAAUUCGAAAAGGAAAUGGAAGCUGAAUUAAAUUCCACCAUAAGAGCUAUGGAUGACAAGCUGUACUCUCCAGAAAGAGUUUCUUCUUCUGGAACUGAAAUCACGGAUGCAGGUCCUUCAAAAUACUAUGAUGAUAUUUACUUUGAUUCUGAUUCUGAAGAUGAAGAGAAAUCAGUUGCACAGUCACCUAAGAAGAAAAGGAAGCGGCAUCACCGGGUCCUUACAAAUGAUGAACUACUAUACGAUCCAGAAAAAGACAACGAAGACCAGGCCUGGGUGGAUGCACAGAGAAUGGGAUACCACGGUCUCAGAGUGCAGGGAUCACACAGGCAGCCGGUUGUUCCCACCAGUGAUGCCGUCUUGAAUUGCCCGGCUUGCAUGACCACACUGUGCCUCGACUGUCAGAGGCAUGAAUCCUACAAAACUCAGUACCGUGCAAUGUUUGUGAUGAAUUGUUCGGUUAACAAAGAGGAAAUUCUCAGGUACAGAGGACCAGUGAACCGAAAGAAAAGGAGGGGACGCAAUAAGAACGAGUCCAACAAUCAGACUGCUACAGAAGAGCAGGAGGGAAUGGAGGAAGAAAUCUAUCACCCGGUAAAAUGUACUGAAUGUUCAACCGAAGUGGCAGUUUUUGAUAAAGAUGAAGUCUUCCACUUUUUUAAUGUUUUAGCCAGCCACUGCUAACGGUAAUGUUGUCAUUCUGUGUACCUAUACUGCUGUGUGUAGAAUUUCAGAUAAGGACACUUACUAUUCUCUAAGGUGCCAGUUUGCACUACCCUUGUCUUCUGGAGGAAUGACUUUUUAAAUCUUUAUGAACGUGACCUUUGGUGAUAGCCAGCAGGUACCUUGAUGAGGGACAGUUUGGAAAUCAAGGGACUCAAUCAAGUCUGAAUUCUGCAAUGAUGUGACACUUAUUGGUCGCGCUGUUUAGAAUAAAACUUUCCUCAGCUUCAGCUGUC